AACUCCUGUUCCAGCUGCGGUUUAGCUGUAAACAACUAGAGCGACUGUCAAAAAGAGCAGAAAAAGAUGAAAUGAUUCAAAGGAAUAAAAUUAAGAAGGCUAUAAAGCAAGGAAAUGUGGAAGGAGCAAAAAUAUAUGCUGAAAACGCAAUACGUAAAAAAAAUGAAGCUUUAAACUAUUUGCGUAUGUCAUCUAAAAUUGAUGCUGUUUCUUCAAAAAUUCAGAGUGCCAUUACAAUGAAAGGGGUGACUAAAAAUAUGGGCUCUGUGGUUAAAGCAUUAGACAAAGCUAUUAAUUCGAUGGAUCUUCAAAAAGUCUCUGCUGUGAUGGAACAGUUUGAACAACAGUUUGAAGAUCUAGAUGUCCGUACAUCAGUUGUUGAAGAUGCAAUGGGGAGUGCAGUCACGACAUCUACUCCACUGGCACAAGUAGACAGUCUUAUUCAGCAGGUUGCUGAAGAAAAUGGUCUUGACAUUAUGGAUCAGUUAGCACAAGCAAAGUCAGUUCCUAGUGGUGAAGUUGCAUCAAGAGCAGCAGCAGCUGAUAGAUCAUUAGCUGAUGAAGAUGCACUUUCUCGCAGGCUUGCUGCUUUGAGGGAUUAAAUCAUGUUCUUUGAAAAUUACUUGUUGGAAAGAAAUAUCGACAUGUUUACUUUUUUCAGGGCUUGUUCUUUAUGCAUAUAAUUUAUGUUGAGUCCCAGAACUUCAGGAGAUCUUGAGCCUAAAUUGUUUUAAAGCUACUAAUUUGUCUUAAUGGGUCUGUAAUAAAUUGUAAUAAAGUUGUUUAAAAAAUCAUACUGCAGCUAUUAUUAUUUUCAUAUUGAUUCUACCUUUUAUAAAAGAAAUUUUCUACAUGUAGAAUUCUUGAUUGUCUGUAUGAAAGUCUCGUGUAUUACAUUCUUUUAUGUUGGUAACAGAAUAAAUUUUUAGUACUGUU